UAAGCCGGUUGCCGAACGUCGGCUAGCUCAGUUUUGGCCAAGAUGAGAAACCGCUGCUGUGUCUGGGCUUUGCUGGCUCUUGGUAUGUGCCUGCUGGCCACCAGGGCCAUGAGUGAGACCAUGAUCGAAGUGGAUGAGAAUGGUGAUGAAUACGAACUGAAGCGAUUCUACAUUCAGGGAAGACAAUUGAAGGGUGAUGGCAGUCAAUCGCAGUGUGUGGUCACCAGGAGAAAGCGUUCGGGUCGUGCCCUUCAAUCGGGCGCAGGAUCAGCAUCAGCUGCAGCAGCCACUGUAUCGGUUAGUUCGCAACCUUUGAAUGUGGAGAGUCUGCCAGCGAAGGAACAUCGUGAAGGAGGAGCUGUUCUCCAGGAGGUGGAGAAUAGCAAUAGGCGUUAUGUGGCCCUAACGGGUGUUCAUUUGGAAUCUCCACUUCCUCAAGAUCUUGUUCACAAUCUAGAGGAUGAGGAAUUGGAUGAGGAGCUGAAUGAUGACGACGAGGAUGAUGAUGAUAAUAAUGAUGAUGUUCAGGAAGUGCAAUCCUCAAAGGGACAGUCGAACUAUGUACCCGCUGCCUUGGCUUUGCCAUUGCAAAGUCAAUCAACUGCUGCCCAUCUGAACCAGGGAGUCAGCGUGGUCGCCAAUGCUGCCAGCCAUGCCAAUGUUGCCGAAGAUGCUGGCAUUGUUGUUGUCCAAUCGCAUCAGCCACCCAAAGUCAAUCCCGAUACCCAUGCCGUUUUCGAACUGAAACCCGUUCAAUCGGAUGUCGAUCAUCAUCAGUCAUCGAAUGGUGUCAGUUUCUAUCAUCCAUUUGUCCAGCCAUGGGAGGUGGUGGAUCAGCAUGAGGAUGACUAUGAUGAGGAUGAUUACGAUGAAGAGGACUACGAUGAUUUCUACUAUGGAAAUGGCUACUACAGAGAUCAGCCAGGCUUCCAUAAUCUUGGUGCUUACGAAGAGCACAUUAUCAGUGAGGAUGAGCCCGUAACCACCAUUGCCAGUUGGACAACUGGUGACGAUGACAGCGAUAUUCGUCCUGUUCCCAACAAGCGACCCAAUCAGAAGAACAAGAAUAAGAACAAGAAGAAUCAGAAGAAUAAGAAUCAGAACCAGAAGAAUAAGCGUCAGCAGCAGAAGAAACGCAAGCAGGAAUCUCAAAAUGAAGAACAGCCCGUGAGGAGGAGGCAGGAGCAAAAGAAGAAGCAACAGCAGCAGCAUCAGGAUAAAGAUCAAAAGAAGAAACAGGAUAAGGAUCAAAAGAAGAAGAAGCCUGAGGAGAAUCAAGAUCAGGAGGAGAACAUGGAGAAUCUUACCCCCGUCGAGGUGAUCAAGAAGCCAGUUACUACGGAAUCUUCAGCUACAGUUGGUGCCUCUUCUACAAGCAGCAACAGCAAUACCGUUUCUUCCAGCAGCAAUUCUUCGGGUAGCAAUUCUACGGAUAAGAAGAAAAAGAAGAAGAAGCGCCCCAGCAGCUCUAGCAGCAGCAGCAGCAGCAGUCUCAGCCAACGUAAAACCAAGAAGAAGAAGAAGCAAUCUACCAGCAGCAGCAGCAGCCUCAGCAUUUCUACAACCAAUAAGCGCCGACGACCUAGCAGCACCUCUUCUAGCUAUUCCGGCAGCAGCAGUUCCUCCAUCGGAGGCUAUCGUCGCCGUCGUCCCCAACAGCAACAACAACAGCAGUUGCAGCAGCAACGUCGCCGCAAAACGCAACAGCAACAGAAACGCCGUCGCCAGCAGCAACAACAACAACAGAAACGAAGACGCCAACAACAACGCCGGCGAUUACGCAAUAAGAAUCGUCAAUUCUACGGCGAUGAACCCAUUAUAAAUUGCAUUUACAUCAACAAGGAUCCACCGACAACAACCACUACGGCUCGUCCCUUCUGGAAUAUCCUGGGCAGACAAUCAGAAUCGGAAGUCAAAUCCAAUCCGGAAUCUACUGUAGCCUCUUCGGAUGAAUCCCAAGUGGAUCCUGUGGCCCAGCAGGCUGUUCUUCAGGCAGUGCGUCGCAACUUUGGCGAUUUCGGUGGACGAAAGCGUACCAAUUUGCGUUUCGUGUCUUAGAUGACCAGCUAUAUAUAGUCUCCAUAAGUUCACAUUUUUUUUUUUUUGCGCCUAUUUAUUUAUUUAUUGUAACUAUCAAGUAUAAUUAUUUUUUUUUGAUUGAUUGAACUCGCGAUGAAAGUUUCAGUUUAGAGAACCUGUGAGAGUCCUUUGUGUGUGUGGACAACUUAUUUGGGGGGCGUUGCAUUUGGUUUUAUUGAUUUCUAACCGAAAAGGGGGUGGAAGGCAUUGCAGGACAGGUCAGAAGAGAAAAGAACAGGUGUGUAACCUGAAUCUGUCGCCCCCUGAAUACUAUAU